AUGAAUAAAGUGGUUGAUGCUGAAUGGUUAAUACUUUAUGAUAAACUUGAAAAAUGGCAUAAAACUGGUGUUAAUGCCAUUGUUUCAAAGUUACUUAUUGUUGGUUCCGCGAGUGAUGUUGCAGUAGCGACUACUGUUGGAGCAACAGUUGGUGGCGCAGUAGAUGGCCCACCAGGUGCUGCUGUAGGUGCUGGUGUCGGUGCUGUGGCAGGAUAUAUAUUUGGUAUUGGUAAUGGUAAUGGUCGCCAAAAUGAAUUUAAAUGGUGA